UAGGGAUUUGCGAGUUUGGACCCUACGCGUGUUCACGAAUUGAAGAAGAUAUGACCAAUGAUUAGAAAAAGUUAACAGCAAGUGGAUUUAUUACAAAGGAAUGUGGAGUACAGACGUCCGGAUCUUAUCGAGGUAUCUGCCACACACGAGACGUGUGUCUUCUGGCAGGAUAGUCAAAGAAGAACACAAAACCUGCCCAGUAACACAAGGUUUUUAUAUGUAUGGAUCCAUAGUAGAAGUGGUUGCCCCCCCCCCCCCACCCCACCCCCCCGCAGUCAGAUCCUGGGCCAAGAUGGUAACUUUCCGCUCCUUAUCUGAGGUCGUUCGUCUCCACGGCAACGCCUGGGAUAGGAGGAUGGCACCAGCCGAUUUUCUGCGUACAAAGAUCAAGGACAACCACCGGCUCCACAACACAUCUUUGUCUGAUUAGCAAAUGGGCAACACUUUAUCCGAUGAUUAAAUGGUCAUAUUUAAGCAAAUAAUGAAAGUGCAAUAAAAGUACAAUAGUCUUCAAUGUUUAAAAAAAAAGCAAAGUGAAUUCAUUGUACAAGUCUGCCAAUGUUUGUUUCUGCGAAUUAUUGGUGCAUUUAUUAGAAAAAAAACUGUUUCCUCAGAAUAAUAUGGUAUGUUUAUUGUGUUUUAUUAGAAGAGUAAGGCCAUAAAAUAUGAAAAUAUCGAGAAAUCAAAGACAAUAAGUACAAAGUAGAAACGCGCAAAAUAUUUUAUUUUGACAUUGUGCAAUGGGGCGGAUGUGUCGUCACGCAGUACUGUAAACGACCACAGUAAUGGCGGCGUCCUCACUCGCCACGCUUCCUUUGUGAAAAACCAUCUCGACUAGCCGUUUUUACAUAAUCGUAGAGAUUAUCAACUGAUUACCAUGUCGGGACGACAAAACAACAAAUUACCGAACAAUUUGCCGCAGCUGCAAAAUCUAAUCAAGAGAGACCCCCAGUCCUACGAAAACGAGUUUUUGCAGCAGUACAGGCACUACCAGUCCAAUGUGCAGAUCUUUAAACUGCAGCCAGACAAACCCAACAAAGAGCUGGCAGAACUUGUCAUGUUCCUGGCUCAGGUGUGCCACUGUUAUCUGGAGCACUUGUCUACUUUCCCUCAAGAGCUGACUGAGUUAUUACUGUCUCAUCAUACAGUCGUGGAGACAGACUUAAGAAUGACCUUUUGCAAGGCUUUGAUUCUGUUGCGGAACAAGGACCUGAUCGACCCCACCGGCCUUUUGGAGCUCUUCUUUGAGCUGCUGCGAUGUCAUGACAAACUGCUCCGCAAGACUUUAUACACACACAUUGUGUCCGACAUCAAAAACAUCAACGCCAAGCACAAAAACAACAAGGUGAACUCGACCUUGCAGAACUUCAUGUACACUAUGCUGAGAGAUCGCAACCCAAUCGCAGCCAAGAUAUCCUUAGAUGUGAUGGCGGAGCUGUACAAGAGGAACAUUUGGAACGAUGCCAAAACAGUCAAUGUCAUCACCACGGCAUGUUUCUCCAAUGUGACGAAGAUUCUGGUGGCUGGACUCAAGUUUUUCUUGGGGGCAGAUGAAGAAGGGAAAGAGGGCAGUGACUCUGAAUCAGAGGCAAAGGGAGCAACAGUUCGUGACCUGAAGGUACGAUUCAACACGGGGAGGAAAACUACCAAAAACAAGAAAAAGAUGGAAAAAGCAAUGAAAGUCCUCAAGAAACACAAGAAGAAGAAGAAAGCCGAGGUGUUCAACUUUUCUGCCAUUCACCUGAUUCAUGAUCCUCAAGACUUCUCGGAGAAGCUCCUUAAGCAGCUGGAAGACUCCAAAGAGCGUUUCGAGGUCAAGAUCAUGAUGAUGGAGCUCAUUUCCAGACUGGUGGGGAUUCAUGAGCUCUUCCUCUUCAAUUAUUAUCCGUUCAUCCAGAGGUUCCUUCAGCCUCAUCAAAGAGAGGUGACAAAGAUCCUCCUUUGUGCCGCACAGUCUUCCCACCAGCUCGUCCCUCCCGAGAUCAUUGAGUCGGUGAUCCGCACAAUCGCCAACAACUUUGUGACGGAUCGAAACUCUGGCGAGGUCAUGACUGUAGGGAUCAAUGCAAUCAAAGAGGUGGUGGCCCGCUGUCCGCUUAGCAUCAACGUGGACUUGCUGCAGGACCUGGCCCAGUACAAGACCCACAAAGACAAGAAUGUGAUGAUGUCUUCCAGAGGUCUUAUCCAGCUUUUUAGGACUCUCAACCCGCAAAUGUUGCACAAGAAGGAUAGAGGAAGGCCCACAGUGGCGUCAUUGGAGGCCAAAGUGAAGGAUUAUGGCGAGCUGGGAGCCAAAGACUACAUCCCUGGAGCGGAGGUGCUGGAGGUCGAGGCGGAGGUCAAAGAAGGCGAAGACGACGGCUGGGAGAGCGCCAGUGCGAGCGACGACGAUGAGGACGGCGAGUGGGUGGACGUGCGCCACUCGUCUGAAGAAGACACAACGGAAGUGGCAAAAAAGCUGAAGAGUUUACCGGCUGGAGAGCGGGAAGCCAAAGCGGCGGCGGUGAGUGGCAGCCGGCUCCUCACGCAGGAGGACUUCAACAAGAUCAGACUGGCCCAGAUUGCCAAGGAGGUCAACGCCGUGCCAGGGAAGAAAAGGAAAGCGGCCGACAUGGACGACGAAGGCGAAAGGAGAGGGGAGCUGCUGACCCUGAGGCACAUCGAGAAGCUCCAUAAGAAACCAAAAGCUGACAAGGAGACACGACUGGCCGCAGCACUGGCGGGCCGAACGGACCGUAAGGAGUUUGUGAGAAAAAAGACCAAAUUGAAUCCACACGCCAGCACCAGCAACAAGGAGAAGAGACGCACAAAGAACUUCAUGAUGAUGAGACAAAGCCAGAACGUCCGACAGAAAGGCAAACGUUCCUUCAGGGAGAGACAGAUUGCGCUCAGGGAUGCGCUCCUAAAAAAGAAGAAGCAGCACAAGUAGUGAAUGGAAAGAUUGUCUUCUCAGACGUUUGACUGCAUCAAAUUAUGUCGUAUGCCCAAUAAAUGUCUUAUUAUUUGAUCAAUUGUUGUCAAAUAAAUCACAUUUGGAAAUGAAA